AUGGCUAUGAAUUGUCCAGAACCAUCACUCUCUCGUGAUCGUAAGAGAGUUUCUAGAAGUAGUGAGGCAUGUAUAACUAAUGCAAUAGUUUAUGUGUUCAUUUCACAAAUGAAUGGAAGUGUUACAUUUAGAAAGACUAAAAGAUCUAAACAAACGGUAAAGAUGUACUUACCUGAAACCGUUAAUUUGAAUGGCACAUUAUAUGACCAAAAUACACUUGCCUCUAUGAGUGAUUCUUUAAUUAAGGAAGUAGUUGGAGAAGAGCCUAUGGAUAUUAAUUCUAUGAAUGAUAAACAAUAUAAUAGAAGUAAAGAGGCACAAAUUAAUAAUGGAUUAUUAUAUCUUUUAAGGACACUUGGAUAUUCUUUUAGUAUUAAACAAACUAAAAAAACUAAAUGUACAGAACGUUUAGUUAAAAUUAGUUCAUUAACUACACCUUUUGGUGAUGUUAUUGGAAGUGAAUUACUUGAAUCUGUUGGUACUGCAUUUAGUAAACAAAUUGAAGAAAUGUUUGGUAGAGAAAUGACUAUUACUGUUACUAACGAAUCGUUACAGGCUAAUCAUGCUUCUAUUCCUACUCUUCCAUUCAGUUUCUAUAAAACUGAAAUGUGUCAACAAAAUAUUGCUCAAAGUAUUCCAAUUGAAGGGUCUAUUGUAGGUUCAUAUAUUUCUGAUGGUAAUGAAAUUUAUUUUGUUCCAAAUGAACAAAUACCAUUUAGUUUUACCAUGUAA